GGAGGAGCUUCCCAAGAGUGAAUCGGGGCGGCGGUGGCGGUUUUAUUUUCCUUUCCUAUAUAUCGAGGAGGUGCUGUUUUUUCUUUCAUAGAAAUCUUUGAGGCAUUUAUCCGGGAAUGUGGAAGCAGUGCUUUAGCUUCGGCCUGUAAGUAGGAAAGGGAGGCCGACUGCUGUAGAGGGACGCUCACGGUUUCCUUCGUCCAUGGAACGGAGUGGUGCUGCUGUCAUUUCUACGGGAAAUGAUUGUGCUUGGGAAGUGAUUGAUAUUUGUUGUUAUGUCCCUACGUUUACAUAGACCAGGAGGAAUUUGUAAUUAAAAUUCGACGCAGGGGAAACAGCAGAGGAAGGGGAGAGAAGUGAAGGAAGGAUGAUGCGAUGAUUACUUUCAACUUUAGAAUAAAAAGGUUAUUCCAUUUUUUGAACCAGAAGUAGUGUUAAGGACUGUGUUAGGAUAGUACUUUUUUAUGACCAAUUCUAUAUGGGCGGCUUUCUACAACAUGGCACAGACACAGGAGUGUCAUUCUUUUCCUGUGCCCUGAGAGAAAAAGGGCAGGGAAAUUGAAAGGGUUUGCAGAUUGCAUACAUUUUCUGUCUGUCUGUGCUGCAUGGUUCAGUAUGUUUAUUAAUUAUAUUCUGCCUGUUCUCCUGGCAAGGAACCUUUGUGGCCUGCAUAAUCUUCUGGCACCUCCAUUUUAUCCUCACAACAACUCUGUGAGAUAAGUUAGGCUGAGAGUCAGUGACUGGCCCAAAGUCACCCAGUGAGCUUCAUGAUUGAGUGGGAACUAGAACCUGGAGCACCCAAGUUUCAAUUCAACACUUUAACCACUGACUCUUACAAGGGCUCAUGCUGGCAACAGGGGGAACUGACUAUUAUGUUGUUUCCCUGUUUCUGGGCAGUGCAAGAGGGGGAACUGGAACUGGGUCUGAUCCACCCCACCCCAGCAGCCAGGCAGGAGCAACAUACAAUGCAGCUGCUCACAUAAGAAACAGCCUACUUUUCUGCUAAGUUGCUUACCUGCCUGUUUGCACAUUCUUUGGUCAGCAAACUUAUGGCUUGAUUUAUAUCAAAAGACAUAUAAAGUAAUUAUUUUACCCAAAUGCUCUUUUGCUUAGUUUCUUAAAACGCUUUUAAAACUCUUGCUUAUGAUGCCUAGUUUUUCUGGCCCUUCGGUAUCCUGGCAUUGUAUGCUCCUGGUUCAUAGCAGUCUCUGUUGCUUCCUAGUCUUAGACUUACCAGAGGUUUGGUACCUCACUUCCUCCGUGUAUGACAAGCUAAGUGCUUGGGCUGCAUCUGUUGGUGCUCAUUUAUUUUGCUGAUAAAUCUUUAUGCCAUAGAACCAGGGGUUCUGCCAUUCAGCCCUAAGCCUUUCUAUCCAGAACAUAUGGUUCUGAUUGCCUGCAAUAAUAAAUAAACGCAAAAAUAGUGCUCAGCAGUAUGUAUAGUCAGCAGGGGAUAUGAAUGUCAUCUACUAAAACUGUUUAAUACUAAAAAUGUACAGAUGUGAAAAUUCAUACAGCAGAUACAGUUUUUAUUACAUUAGUAAUGACAGUUUUGUCCUUGUGUAAGUGACCUGAGCUUGAAUGUUUUCUUGAAGUGAAAACCUCCAAGACUAGCAACUGUCUUGAAAGCCAACAAUGUUUGCCUUAUUUUGUAUUAGCUUGGUAUCAGUGACUACACAUGAAUUAACUUUGUUUAGUUGUGUCUCCAGUUACUUUUUACUUGUACCUUGAGCCAUAACUGUUUGGAAUUGUUUGUUGUAUGUGAAAUUAUCAAAUCAGUCUUGGAGUAGGAUGCCUAUUUUCCAGUUAACUAAUCCCUAACAUGAUCAUUGUGUAUCUUGAUUCUUAUGCAGUAAGUAGCCCAGCUACUUGUGGGAUAUUUGCAUCAUUGGAACAACUCUGCUGAGAGGCUCUACUGCCCACAUUAAAAUAACUCUUGAAAAAGGUAUAAUGAAGAUGUCAUCCAUCCCUGCUUUACAUUCUUCUUCCCCCCUAACCGUGGCAUCACAAGUUCCUUUUGCAGAUCUCUGCUUAACAUUAGAACGAAUACAGACAUGCAAAUCCCGACCAGACAAAACAAAGUAUUUCAAGGAUUUUUUAGAUUCUUGGAGGAAAUUUCAUGAUGCUCUUCAUAAAAAUGAGAAGGAUGUGACAGAUUCCUUUUAUCCGGCAAUGAGGCUUAUUCUUCCACAGUUGGAAAGAGAGAGAAUGGCUUAUGGAAUUAAAGAAACUAUGCUUGCAAAGCUCUAUAUUGAGCUGCUAAAUUUACCAAAAGAUGGGAAAGAUGCUUUAAAAUUGUUACAUUAUCGGAUGCCUGUUGGAGGAGAUGCUGGAGACUUUGCUAUGAUUGCCUAUUUUGUGUUGAAAUCAAGAUGUGUCAAGCAAGGUCAACUGACUAUACAACAAGUAAAUCAACUUUUAGAUGCUAUUUCAAAUAAUAAUGCCGCUAAAAGGAAGGAUCUGAUCAAGAAGAGUCUUCUUCAGUUAAUAACUCAGUGCUCAGCACUUGAACAAAAAUGGUUGAUCAGGAUGAUCCUAAAGGAUCUGAAACUUGGUAUUAGUCAGCAGACUUUAUUUUCUAUUUUCCAUGCUGAUGCUGCAGAGUUACACAGUGUUACAACUGAUUUGGAGAAGGUUUGCAGAGAGUUGCACAAUCCCUCUGUGUUUCUUAGUGAUGUUUCUAUUUCAUUAUUCUCACCUUUUAAACCAAUGCUAGCUGCUAUUGCCAAUAUACAACAAAUAGAAAAACAAAUGAACAAACAGAGUUUCUACAUAGAAACUAAAUUAGAUGGUGAACGAAUGCAGCUUCACAAAGAUGGAGAUGUUUACAAGUAUUUUUCCCGAAAUGGUUAUGAUUAUACCCCGCAAUUUGGAGCUUCUCCUCUUGAAGGUUCAUUGACUCCAUUUGCUCAUAAGGCCUUUAAAAACAAUAUUCAAAACUGCAUUGUGGAUGGUGAAAUGAUGGCCUACAGUCCCAUCACACAGACCUUCAUGCAGAAGGGAAACAAAUUUGACAUUAAAAGGAUGGUAGAUGAUUCUGAAUUGCAGACAUGCUUCUGUGUGUUUGAUGUUCUAAUGGUUAAUGACCAAAAGCUGGGUCAUGAGAUACUGAGCAAAAGAUAUGAAAUACUAAAUAAGAUUCUUAUGCCAAUAGCAGGUCAAAUACAAAUUGUUCCUAAAAGGCAGGCUAGCACACAGAAAGAAGUGGUAGAUGCUCUAAAUGAAGCAAUUGAUAAUAGGGAGGAAGGGAUUGUGGUAAAAGACCCUAUGUCAAUUUACAAACCAGACAAACGUGGAGAAGGGUGGCUAAAGAUCAAACCUGAGUAUGUCAAUGGACUGAUGGAUGAGCUGGAUCUUUUAAUUGUAGGGGGCUACUGGGGAAAAGGUCUUCGUGGUGGAAUGAUGUCACAUUUUUUAUGUGCAGUUGCUGAGACUCCUCUACCUGGUAAAAAGCCAUCUGUAUUCCAUUCCAUUUGUCGUGUUGGCUCUGGUUACACAAUGAAAGAGCUGUACAAUCUCAGCUUGAAAUUAGCCAAAUAUUGGAAACCAUAUUGUAAACGGGAUCCUCCUUACAAUAUCUUGUGUGGGAUUGAGAAACCUGAAGUCUAUAUCGAACCUUGCAAUUCAGUCAUUGUUCAGAUUAAAGCUGCUGAGAUUGUUAGUAGUGAUAUGUAUAAAACUGAUUGCACGUUACGUUUCCCUCGCAUCGAGAAGAUAAGAGAAGAUAAAGAAUGGCACGAAUGUAUGACUCUUGACCUUCUGGAACAACUCAGAGGUAAAGCUUCUGGGAAGCUAGCAAGUAAGCACUUUGAAAUGGUUGAUGAUGAACCACAAGAAAAAAAACGUAAAACUAUGCAAAAGGUUAAAAAAAAGAUAGGCUUAAUUGAUCAUUUCAAAGCCCCUGAUCUUUCUAAAGUGAACAAAAUUUCUAGUAUAUUUGAAGAUAUUGAAUUUUGUGUUAUGACUGGGACAGGAAGAUAUUCAAAAUAUGAGUUAGAAAGUAAAAUAGCAGAAUAUGGUGGCAGCAUAAUACAAAAUCCUGGGCUGGAUACCUACUGUGUUGUUGCAGGGGUUGAGAAUGUUAGAGUAAAAAAUAUUAUUUCAUCCAACAAGUAUGAUGUUGUAAAAGCAGAGUGGCUUUUGCAGUGCUUUCAGACUAAAAGCUUUGUGCCAUGGCGACCUGCUUAUAUGAUUCACAUGUCUUCAGAAACAAAACAACACUUUGCCUGCAAGUAUGAUUUUUAUGGUGAUAGUUACACAGUUGAUACUGAUAUGGCCCAAUUAAAGGAAGUGUUCUCAGGAAUUAAUAACUUUGAGGAAGAGCUCUCCUGGGAUGUGCUGACUGACCUAGAAACACAUUAUUCAUGGGAAAGCUCUCCAUUCAGUAUGUUCAGGCAGCACAUCAUUUACCUGGACCUUUAUGAUAAAGUGAGCAAUUCUGAUGCCAAGUUCAGUCAAACAAGAUUGUUAACUGGAGCACUGAUGCUUCGUUUUCAUGGAGCGAAAGUAGUCUCACAACUUGAAGAGGGUGUGUCCCAUGUAAUCAUUGGCAAUCAUGAUAAUUUGAAGAAAAUAAAGACGACCAGAAAAAUGUUUAAAAGAAAGUUUAAAAUUCUGUCAUAUCAGUGGAUAAGGGAUUCUAUAGAUGCUGGGAAAUUACAAGAUGAAAAAUUUUAUUUACUUUAAAUUAUUUAUUUGAUAGGAAAAGAUAUAUUUUGUGAACUUCAUAUGUUUAUUCAAAAGAAUUCUUCAUACUCAUUUUAAUACUUUCAUAUUCUUUGGAAGUUUGGCAGUAAAUUAUAUUUGGGAAUGAAAGAAAAUCUUUCACAGUGUUGAAAAACAGGAUGAGAAUUGUUCUUAGAGUUGAAUUUUGUUUUACCUAGCUAAUAAUGUUGCCUUUUACAAGAAAUUCUUGUUUUACCAAGUUAAUGUGUUAACAUAUUCUUAGAACCUAAUCUACAAAGUAGCCUGGGAUCUGUGAUGCUGAAUUAAUUUGAGCUUACUAAAAUUAAAUGGGUCUACAAGGGCUCCAUUCCCAGUACUAUGAAUUACCUGGUUUGUGGAUUAAGCCAUUAUACAUUAAAAAUCAAAUUGAUUGUUUCAUAUUUUUAAUGUUUUUCUUAUGAUGACUUAACUUGAAUAACAAAUUAAGAAAUGGUUUUUUUAUUAUAAAACAAGCAUUCUGUAGUAGUCAUCAAGCAAUCUGAAACACGGUGUUUGGGAUUUCUUUCAAUAAAAAAUGAUACAUAGCUAUUGCUAAUAAUAAAUAUGUUAAAUUAUUCUCCAGUUAGACACAUGUGAGUUUUAGGCAUAUUUAUACAAUCAAAAUAGAACCAUUCAAACUAUUUAGUUAUAUUUCUUAUUCUAAUUGUAUUUAUUAUACCAAUAAACUUGAGAAGAUAAUUCUUCAUUUUUCUUAGCUUCAGUCGUACAUUUUGAUCUAGUGUAUUAAUUUGUAUAUUUUUAUGUAGCUAGUUUAUUUUGUGUAAUUUAAAAAGAGAAUGUCAUAUUAUAAUCCUUACAUGUGAAUACAUGACUGUUCUAGUGAAGGAGUUGAAUUAAAUGUUAAAAGAGAACCAAGGUAUUCAUUUCUGGAGAGUGUUGAACUGAUUUUCAAUAGCUUGAGUGUCAUUUAAGGAUAAAAACAAUGCACAAAUGAUUCUGUAUUUUAGUAUAAAGAAUUAUGCAAAUAAAACCUGUUUUUAAACUAA